CUUCUCUCUCUCUCUUUCUCUCUUUCUCUCGUUUUCUCUCUCUCCACCUACAUACCUAGGUACAUACAUACACUCGAUCUCGGCAUCGGCAGAUUAGCUUCAUUACAGCAUACCCCGACUGACCGCCCGCCCGCCCGCCCGCCUCCUGUUGUUGUUAUUUGUUGUUUGUUGCUGCUGCUGCUGCGCGUCCGACGCGAAUCUGGUCCGGCAGUGAGUAGUGAUUUGCAGAAAGUGGGUCGACCGCUCCUUCAGAACCCGCGUGCCCUCCACGCUGGCGACACGCGACGCCCGUUUGUUGAUCCCAGGGAUCUCGUUGGUCGGGGAGAUUUUUUCUUCGAUAAACAGAGGGAGAGACAGUGUGUGAGAGAGAGAGGGAGAGAAAGAAGGAAAAGAAAGAGAAUAUGACUUCUGAAUCAUCUCCAACACCAACACCACCACUAUCAGCAUCUGCGCCUGCUUCUCCUCCUCCUCCUCCUGCUGCUGCUGCUGCUGCUGCGAUCAGGCCCGUGUUUGAGCCUGUGGACACUUUGCUCAGUGCGAGCACAGCUGCGGGCGGACACGACGAUGUGGAAUCUCCGUCCCUGACCAACGGCCGAGCGUUGGCGCGAUUCGAAUUCGAGCCGGGAAGGAGUAAAGAUGGGACCAAGGUGCUGAUGGUGGAGUGGGAAGAGGACGACGCGACCAAGAGUGUCGUGGGAGAUUGGGAGAUUAGCUGGGAGGGGAAGAAGACGGUACUGCCAGCUCGGGAUCAGCCUCAGACGACUCCGACUUCUUUGUCUUCUGCUGCUACUGCUGCUGCGGGAGAUCAGGAACAGCCGGUCAACAGGUUAUACUUUUUGUUGGGUCCCGGUGUGACGAUCCCGACGGCAGUCAAGUUGCAAAAGGCACACAUUACAUGGCGGACGAGUCCCUUGCCAGCCAUCUUCCCGCCAGAACUGGGAGCGACGGCGCGGCAGGCAGGCAAGAAGGGGGUGUUGCAUACGAUUUGGGCAAAGAAGCGGCUGCAGGUGCUCCAGCAAGAAAUUCAAGCCGAAUCGAAAGAGAAUGUGGAAGGCAUUGGGUUGGAAAUGGCUGCGGCGGAAAAGCAGUGGAUUGAGCAAAACUUUGGAGUACAAGCCCGACCGGGCGGCCUCAGCGUGUCGACACACCCAUCUGCCAUGAGCUCGGUCUACAGUAGUAGUGGUAGUAGUACUACUACGGGAAACCUACACAGUCCGGCGAGUCCGCGAAGUCCCGGAGGUGGUCGAUUGAUGGAUAAAUUGAAGGGUCUCAAGCUAGGCACAAGUCCCUCUGAACUGGCAAGUCCGCGAACAACAACAACAACAACAAGUGAUGCAGCUCCGCUGCCCGAGAACUAUCACAACCCUCUCAGUCCCGAGAGCUCCGACGUUGCCGUGGGGAGUUUUGGCAGCUUUGCAGAACUCAAGGGCGUACCGCCCACCACCACCACCACCAACAACACCCUCGCCGCCCAGGCGCCGCCGCCGCCGCCGCAGCAGCAACAGCCCCGAAAGAUGAUGCCGCAACGACCCCCCGAGUCCUUUGCCGCUCAACAACGUCAGCAAGCGGGCGGCGGCAUCGGCGGAAUGGGCUCGUUGAAUGCAUUUACGAGUGGUGAUUUGGGCAUGUCCCAGAGCGGGGGCGUGUCUGAGGAUCAUCACGACGAAGACGAUCUCUUUGCCCUUCCCAUGUCUCCGCGAAGUCCUGAGAUGACCAAGUCUCCUUUUUCAUUUGCGGUGCAGGAUACUAUGAAGUAUCUGAAGGAGGAGAGGGCGUUGUAGGAGAUGUUAUAUGAGGAGGAGGAGGAUGAGGUGGUGGUGAAUGGUGGUGAAUGGUGGUGGGGGAGUUUUGGUCUUUGGUCUUGUGAUGAUGAGGUGAAAUGCAAAUGAAUGAUUUGGGAGCUAAGGUUGGUAAAGUCAGGUUGGUAAGGGAGGGGUUGAUUGAAUGAUUGAUUGAUUGAUUGAUAGAAUGAAGCAACAAGAGAAGAAGAAGAAGAAGAGAAAGAGAAGAGAAAGAGAAGAGCAGAUGAUGAAGAUGAUGAAGAGAGAGAAGAAAGCAGAGAAGAAAGAAGAGCAGCAGCAGCAGCAGCAGCAGCAGCAGUUUGUUUUAUGUCAAAGUAAAUAACAUACCCC